AUGAAUCUAUCUAAGAUUAUGCUACUGUCCAUGUUUUUCCUGUCUGCAAUGGGGCAACUUCCAUCACAGGACAUAAUGGCAUUGCUUGAAUUCAAGAAAGGAAUCAAACAUGACCCAACAGGGUUUGUUCUUAAUUCGUGGAACGAUGAGUCCAUCGACUUCAAUGGUUGUCCUUCUUCAUGGAAUGGUAUUGUCUGCAAUGGUGGUAAUGUGGCUGGUGUUGUUUUAGACAAUUUGGAUUUGUCUGCAGAUGCUGAUUUCAGUAUGUUUUCCAACUUGACAAAGCUUGUUAAACUAUCUAUGUCGAACAACUCGAUUUCUGGUGUCUUACCAAAUAAUUUAGGCAGUUUCAAAAGCCUCCAGUUCCUGGAUUUGUCUGAUAAUCUGUUGUCUUCGUCGUUGCCUAAAGAGAUUGGUAGAUCAGUAAGCUUGAGGAAUCUAUCUUUAGCUGGUAACAACUUUUCUGGUGAGAUUCCUGAAUCUAUAGGCGGGUUGAUUUCGCUUCAGUCGUUGGAUAUGAGUCGCAACUCCUUAUCUGGACCUUUGCCAAAGUCCUUGACAAGGCUCAACGAUCUGCUGUACUUGAAUCUGUCUUCUAAUGGAUUCACUGGGAAAAUUCCAAGGGGGUUUGAGUUACUAUCAAGUCUUGAAGUGCUUGAUCUGCAUGGUAACUCUAUUGAUGGUAAUCUUGACGGGGAGUUUUUCUUGUUAACGAAUGCGAGCUAUAUCGAUUUCAGUGGAAACAGAUUGGUGACAACGUCUGGGAAACUCGUACCUGGUGUUUCUGAGAGCAUCAAGCACUUGAAUCUCAGCCACAAUCAGCUUGAAGGUUCAUUGACUAGUGGAUUUCAGUUGUUUCAGAAUUUAAAAGUCUUGGAUCUUAGCUACAACCAGUUAUCUGGAGAGUUACCGGGUUUCAAUUAUGUCUACGAUCUUCAAGUGCUCAAGCUAAGCAACAAUAGAUUUUCAGGUUCCCUUCCCAAUAACUUGUUAAAAGGUGACUCCUUGCUUUUAACAACACUGGAUUUAAGUGGCAACAAUCUCUCAGGGCCAGUAAGUGCUAUCAUGUCAACAACUCUUAUCACUCUUGAUCUUUCUUCAAAUUCACUAACUGGGGAGCUUCCACUCUUGACUGGGAGUUGUGUUUUGCUUGAUCUCUCAAACAACCAGUUUGAAGGAAAUCUUACAAGAUGGUCAAAAUGGGAGAAUAUCGAGUAUCUUGAUCUCAGCCAGAACCAUUUCACUGGGCCGUUCCCAGACGUAACUCCCCAGCUUCUGCGAGCAAAUCAUCUUAAUCUUUCUUACAAUAAGCUCACAGGCUCACUUCCAGAACGGAUACCUACUCAUUAUCCGAAACUUCGGGUUUUCGAUAUAAGUUCUAACAGCUUAGAAGGUCCACUCCCAAGUGCAUUACUAUCUAUGCCUACUUUGGAGGAAAUCCACCUUCAAAAUAAUGGCAUGACGGGUAACCUCGGACCCCUGCCUUCUUCCGGUUCUAAAAUCCGUCUUUUUGAUAUUUCUCACAACCGUUUUGACGGCGAUCUUCCUGGUGUAUUCGGAUCUCUGACCAAUCUUCAAGUGCUGAAUCUCGCAGCAAAUAAUUUGUCUGGCUCUUUGCCUAACUCCAUGAAUGACAUGGUCUCUCUAAGCUCAUUAGACAUCUCCCAGAAUCAUUUCACUGGACCACUACCAAGCAACUUAUCUCGCAGCCUUAUGGCCUUUAAUGUGUCAUACAAUGAUCUAUCAGGGACUGUGCCAGAGAAUCUGAAGAGCUUCCCUCCACCUUCCUUUUAUCCUGGAAACCGCAAGCUCCUCUUGCCUGCUGGAUCCCCUGGUUCAAGUGAAUCAGAAGUUUCCAAGAGGAAACCCAUGAACAUUCUUGUUAAAGUUGUCAUAAUAGUUUCCUGCGUCGUCGCACUAAUUAUUCUCAUCCUUGUGGCUAUCCUCCUAUUUUGCAUCUGCAAAUCAAGAAGACGCGAAGAGCGUAGUGUUACGAGUAAAGAAGUUAGUAGGCGGGCUCAAACAAUCCCGUCAGGCAGUGGAGGUGGUAUGAUUGUUUCUGCAGAAGAUCUUGUUGCCUCAAGAAAGGGCUCAUCAUCCGAAAUCCUCAGUCCAGAUGAAAAACUAGCUGUUGCAACCGGCUUCUCUCCUUCCAAGACGAGCAAUUUAUCUUGGUCACCUGGCUCAGGAGAUUCAUUCCCAGCUGAUCAGCAACUAGCACGGCUUGAUGUUAGGUCACCAGAUAGACUUGUGGGAGAGCUGCAUUUUCUGGAUGAUUCGAUCAAGCUGACGCCAGAGGAAUUGUCAAGGGCACCAGCUGAAGUUCUUGGAAGAAGUAGCCAUGGGACUUCUUACAGGGCAACACUGGAUAACGGAGUGUUUUUAACGGUGAAAUGGCUAAGAGAAGGCGUCGCAAAGCAGAGAAAAGAGUUUGCUAAAGAGGUGAAGAAGUUUGCUAACAUUAGACAUCCUAAUGUAGUGACUCUCAGAGGUUACUACUGGGGUCCAACGCAACACGAAAAGCUUAUUCUUUCAGAUUACAUAUCGCCUGGAAGCCUCGCUAGCUUCCUUUACGGUAACACUCCCUUCAAGAAACAUUUUAAUGUAUCUUCACUAUUUGCUCGAGCUUACAGUUCUUGUUUGAUCUCAGAUCGACCAGGCAGGAAAGGCCCUCCCUUGGCCUGGGUCCAAAGGUUAAAAAUCGCAGUCGAUGUGGCACGUGGUCUUAACUAUCUACAUUUUGACAGAGCUGUUCCACACGGUAACCUCAAGGCAACAAACAUUCUCUUAGAUGGAGCAGAGCUAAACGCGCGUGUAGCAGAUUACUGCCUCCACCGUCUCAUGACACAAGCAGGCACAGUCGAACAGAUUCUAGACGCAGGCAUCCUCGGUUACCGAGCUCCCGAGCUAGCAGCUUCAAGAAAGCCAUUACCUUCUUUCAAAUCAGAUGUCUAUGCAUUCGGUGUGAUACUUUUAGAGAUCCUAACAGGUAGAUGCGCAGGAGAUGUGAUCACAGGUGAACAAGAAGGUGUUGAUCUAACGGAUUGGGUUAGGUUACGCGUUGCAGAAGGUCGUGGCUCGGAAUGCUUUGACUCAGUCUUGACUCAAGAGAUGGGAAGUGCACCGGUUACAGAGAAAGGCAUAAAAGAAGUUCUUGGAAUUGCUUUGAGGUGUAUAAGAUCGGUCUCUGAAAGACCUGGUAUUAAGACCAUUUAUGAAGAUCUUUCUUCUAUUUAG